AUGUCGACUUUCCAGAACCCAGUCAUUAGGGGCUUCAACCCGGAUCCAACCAUAUGCGUGGUUCACGGCAAGGCAACGACGGACUAUUAUCUCAGCACGAGCACCUUUGAGUACUUUCCUGGUUGCGCCAUCUAUCACUCUACUGAUCUGGUCAACUGGGACCUUAUUGGCCAUGCCUUGACGCGGAGGAGUCAGGUUGAGAUGAGGACUGUGGAACCUGGUGCAGGGAGCUGGGCAAGCACUCUCAGAUAUAGAGAGGAUGAAAAACGGUUCUACCUCGCAACGGGCGUUUUUCAACGAUACCGUCCAGCAGCUGAUGAACGCAUUUUCCCUCGUGGGUUCUAUAUUUGGACGGACAAUAUCUGGGAUUCGGAUUCAUGGUCUGAUCCAAUCUACUUUGAUAAUCCCGGGUUUGAUCAAGACCUCUUCUGGAACGAAACCACUUCCAAAGUCUAUCUCAGCACAACCACACGUCUCAAGGACCGCCCGCCAGGAUCCAAACAAAAGGACUUUGGCAUCCACGUGUCGGAGAUCGACCUGGCGACGGGCCGCACCCUGACGGCACCGACCGUGAUCCGGCGCUCGCCGUACGGCCUCGCCGAGGGCUCGCACCUCUUUCGCCGCGGCGCCUUUUACUACCUGCUCACGGCCGAGGGCGGGACCGAGGCGGGACACCAGGAGUGGAUCUUCCGCAGCCGGGCGGAUCGUGGCGGCGGCGGUGGUGUCUUUGGGCCCUGGGAGGACCGCGGACAGGCGCUGUGGUAUAAUGGCCCAACGGAGGAGGUUCAGCGGACGGGCCACGUGGACAUGUUUGAGGACGGGGACGGGGAGUGGUGGGCUGUUUUUCUGGGAGUCAGGCCGGUGAGAGUCCAGGAUCAUAAAGACCAAGGACCGCAAGGCCCGGGUACAGAAGAGUUUCUCGAACCGCAGAUGGGACGGGAGACCUUCUUGGUCAAGGUUGACUGGGUGGACGAUUGGCCUGUUGUCAAUGAGGGCCGCAAUAUCACGCUGGAAACCAGGGGAAGAGGACAGGUGAUACAAGCCUUGGAGCAAGUCAAGUCUGGCGAUGUCAAGUGGCGUGCUGAUUUAGAAAGAGAGGAUCUCGAGUUGGGUUGGUACCAGAAAAAUACACCCCUGAAAAAGUGUUAUAGCUUGACCGAACGGCCAGGCCAUCUUCGACUAUACGGAAACUGCUACGAUCUGUCCUGGCCCGAGGCACCGGCGAUGCUCCUGCGAAAGCAAUCGUCCUACACCGAGACGUUCCACGCCAAGCUGCAAUUCAGACCAGACCAGACGGGAUACGAGGCCGGCGUCGUGCUGUGGUGGAGCCAAUAUUCCUACGCCAGCAUCGGCAUCGCGCUCGUGCAGCUGCAGAAUGGGCAGCGGGUGAGGACCGUGGUGUGCUGCCAACCGACGACGCUGACAACGACGACCGGAGAGCAGCAGCCCGGCGUGCUACAUCGGUCUGCGCCCCUGAUCGAGGACCACCUAGACGGCGGCAGUACAGAAGCUGCCGAGGUCUCCGAGGUCCCGGAUACAGCAGAGCUCAAGAUUGAGGCACGGCCAAGAGAGUAUCGCCUGUCCUUGCAGUCUGGAGGCCACAACAGCAAGCCACUCGAGUUUUCUGUGCCAGCGGUAGCCUUGACUACGAUGCCACCCGUGGGUGGUGCCUUUUGUGGCACAAUGUUUGGGAUCUAUUCCAUUGGCAAGGGUGAACCCGUUCUAGUCCCAGCAGACUUCUCGGGUAUCUUCGUACGAGAGGGAGAUGGCAGAGCAUAG